UUUGAAACUGAGGAGGACUGGUCACUCUCCUUUCUUCAGCAGGACUUUAUUGCCAGCAACUCUCAUCAUCCGGCUUUUGGUGAAGGGAAGAAAAGAAAACAGCAUUUACAGUUAUGUUCUCCGGGUUCUUGCUUGUUCUAUCUCUCCUUCACAGUACUUUGCAGCUGGCGGACACUGAAAUAUUUUUAAUAUAUAAUACAGUCAACAAGCUCUGUCUUCAGGCAUCUAUUGCACAACCAGUUAGAACUGCCACUUGUCAUCAAGACAAUGAAUCGCAAAAAUUCAGGUGGAUCACGGAUCAUCAGCUUAUGAGUGUGAGACUGAACCUAUGCCUGGGGGUGCUGUCGAAGGAGGAUCAGGCUGUGAUCACCCUGUAUCCAUGUAACCAAACAAGUGAGCUCCAGUGGUGGGAAUGCAGAAAUGAAAGCCUCCUUGCAAUCCAGGGAGAAGAUUUGUUUUUCAGUCCUGGCUACGAAGAACAUGAUAAUGUUUUGUUAAAGAAGGGGCUGAGUGCAAAGAAUAAGUGGAAGAUCUAUGGGGACAUGGAUGUUUUAUGUUCCCGUGGAUAUGAAGAGACCUUUACACUGCUAGGAAAUGCUUUCGGGGCACCCUGUGUAUUCCCUUUCAUGUACAAUAAGCAAUGGUACGCCGAGUGCACAGACGCUGGCCGGUCGGACGGCUGGCUCUGGUGUGCAACCACUGCAGACUAUGACACAGACCAGCGAUACGGAUUUUGCCCAUCAAAAGAUAAAGACACCACCUGGACUACAGAUCUGUUAACAAAUGUCCACUACCAAAUAAACUCUGAAUCGGCUCUCACGUGGCACCAAGCCAGGAAGAGUUGUCAACAACAAAAUGCAGAAUUAUUGAGUAUCGCAGACAUUCAUGAGCAAAUGUACCUUAAAGAGUUAACAGAAGGUACAGAUUCUGCACUGUGGAUUGGACUUAACAGACUGGACUUGAGGAGUGGAUGGGAGUGGAUUGGAGGCAGCCCAUUCCGGUACUUAAACUGGGCUCCAGGAAGCCCCUCUCCAGAAUCUCCAAAACUCUGUGCGGUUUUGAAUCCUGAAACAAAAGCUAAAUGGCAAAAUUGGGAAUGUGAUCAGAAACUUGGUUAUGUUUGUAAGAAAAGAAACUUCACCUUGGUUCCCUCAGGUGACAUUGUGCCUGUUACGUGCCCAGAUGGAUGGGUACCGUAUGUAGAUCACUGUUACAGGAUUUUCAGGGAGACCAAAGGAUGGGAAGAAGCUUUGACCUCUUGUCAGAAGAAAGGGAGUCACCUGGCCAGCAUCCGAAGCCUUGAGGAGCACAGCUUUAUGGUGUCUCGGCUUGGGUACAAGCCAACAGACAAGCUAUGGAUUGGGCUGAAUGAUCAUAAAGUUCAAAUGUAUUUUGAAUGGAGUGAUGGUACGCCAGUGACGUACACAAAAUGGCACCUGGGAGAGCCAUCCACCACAAACAACAGGCCAGAAGAUUGUGUACUGAUCAAGGGCCAGUAUGGCUAUUGGGCAGACUAUGUCUGUGAGAAGAAAGCCGGUUACAUUUGUAAAAGAAAACCUAUAUCACAAAUAUCUGGACAAAAGGAAAUUAUUGAUGCAGGUUGCAAAAAAGGCUGGAGAAGAUAUGGGACCUACUGCUAUUUUAUUGGACAUGUUUCAGCAACAUUUUCAGAAGCAAACACCACUUGUGAAGGAGAAAAAGGUUACUUAGCAACAGUUGAAAGCAGGUAUGAACAAGCCUAUUUGACUAGCCUUGUUGGGCUGAGGCCUGAGAAAUAUUUCUGGCUCGGUCUCUCUGAUGUGGAGGACCAAGGCACUUUCAGGUGGGCCAACGGUGAAGCCGUCUCCUUCACGCACUGGGAUGCAGCAAUGCCUGGAAAUAAUCCAGGCUGUGUAGCCAUGAGAACUGGGACUGCAGCUGGAUUAUGGGAUGUUCUUGACUGUGAGACAAAGCAAAAAUAUAUCUGUAAGCAGUGGGCAAAGAGCGCAACCGCUCCACCUGUUCCAACCACCGCUACGGUCCCCACGUGCCCUGAAGGCUGGGUAUCCAACAGCCAUAGUAAUGCCUGUUUUAAAUGUUUUUGCAGAUCAAAUAUUAAAAAGAAAUCAUGGCUCGAAGCUCGAGAUUUUUGUAGACAAAUAGGAGGGGAUCUGGUCACCAUUAACAGUAAAGAGGAGAUGCCAUUACUAAUAAGUGCAACGUAUGCCACUCGCUGUAGCUUUCAAGAAGUUUGGCUCGGUAUAUUUUCCUUGAAUCCAGAUGAAGGAUUUGCCUGGAGUGAUGGCUCUCCAGUUAGGUACACAAACUGGGACGAUAGUCCAAGAAAUUCAGGAGGAUACAAGCUCUGUGGCGCACUCAACGGUGGGACUUAUUCUAAACAAUGGUUUCUUUCAGUCUGUGAGGUACAGCUUAACUGGGUUUGUCAGAUAAAAAAAGGAGUGCCAUUAAAAUCUGAACCACCUGACAUGUAUGUGUAUAAAACCACUGCGGAUGGAUGGGUCAUAUAUGAAGAUAAGCUCUACUACAUCAGCAAAGAAUCUGUAUCCAUGGAAAAAGCCCAAGAGUUUUGCAGGAUGAAUUCUGCAGACCUGGCUGUUGUUAGCAGUAAUAGUGAGAGAAGGUUCCUACAGAGAGCUCUAAAAGAAAAGGAGGGAUUCUGGAGUCAGUCAAGAGGAUACUUCAUUGGUCUAAAAGUGAGUCUUGAUAAAAAGUUUAGCUGGAUAGAUGGGACUCCAGUUACCUAUGUGGCCUGGGCUCCUAAUGAACCCAACUUUGCAAAUAAUGAGGAAAAUUGUGUGGUAAUGUUGUCAAAGCAAGGCUUGUGGAAUGAUGUAAACUGUGGUUCCUCCAAUAAAUUUGUAUGUGAAAAACAUAACAGUUCUAUUAAUUCAACAUUUGCUUCUCCAUUGCCUCCUGGAGGAUGUCCAGAAAGUUGGGUUUUCUUUAACAACAAGUGUUUCAAAAUAUUUGCUUCCAAUAUAACAAGAAAGCUCAUGUGGCAUGCUGCACGAGAUGCUUGUUUCAAUUUGGGAGGAAACCUGGCUAGCAUACCAAAUGAACAAGUGCAAGCUUUCCUCCUCUAUCAUUUAAAGGAUGCCACAGCUAAUGUUUGGAUUGGGAUGAAUGAUAUCAAUGAAGAGUUCACAUUUCUUUGGACAGAUGGAAGCACCGUUUCCUAUACCAACUGGGUUAAUGGUGCACCAGAACGGAAACAAAGCUACUUUGACUAUUAUGAAUUCGAAAGCUUGACAGACAUCACUGUGGAGGCUUGCUCUAGCAGUAUAGGAGCUCCAGAUCACCACCACCUGAUUGCCUUUUGUAACGGCUGUCUGUCUGCCCCUCUCCUGCAGACAGAUUGUGUCUUCAUCAUGAAGUCAGAUGGGAAAUGGAGAGAUGAUAGCUGUGACAACGAGAGAGGUUAUAUAUGUCAGAUGGAUUCACUUACCACGCAGUCUGAAGUACCAACAACAAAUCCAUCCUCUGGCUUUGCCCAUUAUGGUGACAGUAGCUAUUCAAUCAUCUCUUCUGAAAUGCAAUGGGAAGAGGCCAGAAAAAAUUGUCAAGACAAAUCUGCAGAACUUGCCAGCAUUUUAGAUGCCUACAUCCAUUCAUUCCUGUGGAUCCAGAUGCUGAAAUAUGGAAAACCUGUAUGGAUUGGUCUUAACAGCAAUAUGACUGGCAGCUAUUACAAAUGGACCGAUAACUGGAAAACCAGGUACACAAAAUGGGCAGCAGGGGAACCAAAGGAGAAAAAUGCUUGUGUCUACCUAGAUCUUGACGGUACUUGGAAAACGGCAUCCUGCAAUGAAAGAUACUUUUCAGUUUGUAAGAUGUCAGAUGCUAUAGCUCCUACUGACCCUGCUCAGCUGCCUGGAGACUGCCCCGAAGCAGCCGAACUCCGAGCUUGGAUCCCUUACCGCGGCCACUGCUACUACCUUGAAGCAUCAGCUGGGACAAGCUGGGCGCUGGCCUCCCUUGAGUGUGCUCGGUUAGGUGCUACCUUGGUUUCGGUAGAAAACAUGGAUGAAUCUGACUUUCUGAUCCAUACAAUACAACCACUUGGAAAUAAAGUAGGAGGAUUCUGGAUAGGACUUCACCGAAAUGUAGAUGGCCAGUGGUUGUGGCUAGAUAAUGCUGCACUGGACUUUGUCAACUGGGAGGAGAAAGAGUUCAGUGAGGAGCAUCACUGCGUUGAAAUGACUGCACCAUCCGGUUAUUGGGACAAUACUGAUUGCUCUUCUGAAAAAGGAUUUAUCUGCAAAAAAACCAAAGUUGAGCCAAGUGGGAGUCCUCUACAGCAAAAAGGCAAGGAAAAAAAUGAAGAGACUCACCCCCCUGUUCAUGUCUCCGUUUGGCCACUCAUUUUCUUGGCUGUUCUCACUCUUCUUGGAGCUGGCAUGUCAGUCUAUUUCUACAAGAGAAAGAGACAAAACCAACUAUCAACAUAUUCUGGCAAUGAAACACUUCUAAAAUGAUGUGUCGGUGACUGAAGAAUUGGUGAGAAUGGGUCCUGUGGCAUGUACCAAUUCAGAGGAGUCAGUUACUUGCUGAAAUUAAAGGAUGUAUUAGUGAGGAUAUCUGUAAUUUUAAAUUAAAUCCCUUUUCUCUCUUUGCACUAGCACACUCUUUUGUAUCACGCAUAUUUUACAAAAUCAGAAUUAUGGAUUGAUAUUGCAGUUUUUUAAUGGUCAAGAUGUUCUCAAAUGCCUUAGCGAAACCACUAGUAGUGUAAAUAACUUGUCAAGAACAAAUAAACAUACUGAAGAAGGACUAUAAAAGUCAACUAGUGAGAAUGAAUGUUCAAUGAAGUGUGAUUACUAUUUAGAAAUGUAUCCCCAUGACUUUGUGGACACUGCAAAGGACUCAGAAAAAUAAAAUCUGCCCAACUCUGUUGCAGUCAUGAACUCAUUUUGCCCCACAAACUUAACUCCAUCAGACCAGCGCUUUUAUCGUUCCUUAUGGCUGUAUCCUAUUACCCUUAUAAAAUAGUGCUUCACAUAUUUAGAUAACUUUGGGACAGAAAACCUUGCUGGUUUUAUUUUUUGCAACGGAAAAUACAGUUCAUACCAGCGAAGGAUAUUAAGCUCAGGUGUAGGUUUUGGUCUUUUUUCAAUCUGAUCAUACAACUGUUAACUGUAGUAUGUUCACUAACGUGAAUU